UCAGCUCUCCAGUUCUGCUCCUCUGGACCUGCUGGACGCCUGGACCUGCAGCACGGGACAAUGAAAACCUGCUUUUUGCUCUUAAAUCUGCUUCUGUGGUGGAGCUCUGCCUUGGGAUUCCUCAUCACACACGCUCCCAGCAGGCUGUGCCUUUCACACCGCACACGGACCAUCAUCCUGGGCCGGUGUGAUGUCACAGACCCCGCCCAGCACUGGGUGUGGUGGGGUGGCACCAGACUGCUCCACACUCUGAGUUCUCGGUGUCUGUGGGCCAAUCCCAGCCCUCACCUGCCGCGGCACACCCGCCUUGUCAUGCUGAGCGACUGCACUGACGCACCACCGUGGAAAUGCUACGACAUAAACGGGGUGUUUGGAUUGGCCGAGACGCCGCUCUACCUGAAGAAACAGGGACUAAGGCUGGUGGUCUGCGAAGACCCAAAGUUUUCAAACUGGACCACAUAUGAUGUUGACUCCAGAUGGAACAGUUCGUCUUUAUGCGCAGAUGAAGACACAAACUCUGUUUCCACAAUAUUCUAUCCAUCAACCCAUAAUCCAGGGAGACUUGCCAGUUCUGUGUACUUUGUCAAAUCUCCUGCCGUAACUGGGAUCAAUAAAGAAAUUACAAACACAGAAAAAGCUCUCAGGACCACAAGACAAGUCACAGCCUCAAAAAGCUGGAGUACGAUGCAGAGUGGUGCUUCAAUAUCUGUAAGUGAUGCCAGCAAACCACGAACAUGGUGGUCUGUGACGACGGCUGUCAUUCCUCAUGUUCCAACUUCAGUCACAGAGCCGUCAGCUUUGACCAGCAGCCGUAUGGUCUCAUCCAGCACAGGUCUGAUGACGACCGAUCUGUCCACGGACACAUCAGAAAGGCUCUCAAGUGGAAACACCCCAAACCUCGGAGCUGAAGCUGAGGCCUCAUUCAUAACCCAAGAGGUUUCUACCUCUCCACCUGUGUUUAACUCAACAGCAGCUGUGACUCUGGUUUCCUCCACAGGUUUGACACUGAGCAGCACAGCCAAGCCCACAGAUUUUCAGGUCACCUCCGCAGUCACAUUUGUGUCUUCUGAUGCUGAAAGUGCUGCUACUGGUUCUAAGUUAAACACCACACUGACCGAUGCGACACCUUCGACUGCAGACACUGAAGGUGGAAGUAAUUUGCUGUUACCUCGUAUAAUGCACACAGAGUCAGACUCAGCCACAGCACAACCACCAGCUGACAAGAGGACACCCUGGAACACUUACCGUUCAGCCACCACUGUACCGCCAGAGGCUACAGCACCUCCAGCUUCUCCUUCCACAGACACAGUGACAUUUAAAACCAUGGAGCCACAGUCGCCAUUGUCGUCUCAUGCUUUCAUCAACAAAACCAUACCCACACCGGCCUUGACAUUUUCCACAGCCCAUCCAUCAACCUCUUCAGGCGCCGCAGCCUACAGCGCACCAACAGUGCUCAGUACAAACGGGAUAACAGGAACUGGAUGGUUGGCAAAAAAAAUGACAGCAGCCAUGCCUACUAGCACAACCACACCCACCUCUACUGUACCUAGCGCUGUCACCAGUACCAAACCAACUACCACGUCCACGACCACCAGUGGUGCUCCUACUGCUGCCUCCGGUACCAACCCUACUACCACAUCCACGACAACCAGUGUUGCUCCUACUGCUGCCUCCGGUACCAACCCUACUACCACAUCCACGACAACCAGUGAUGCUCCUGCUGCUGCCUCCUGUACCAACCCUACUACCACAUCUACGACAACCAGUGAUGCUCCUGCUGCUGCCUCCAGUACCAACCCUACUACCACAUCUACGACAACCAGUGAUGCUCCUGCUGCUGCCUCCAGUACCAACCCUACUACCACAUCUACGACAACCAGUGAUGCUCCUACUGCUGCCUCCGGUACCAACCCUACUACCACAUCUACGACAACCAGUGAUGCUCCUGCUGCUGCCUCCGGUACCAACCCUACUACCACAUCUACGACAACCAGUGAUGCUCCUGCUGCUGCCUCCAGUACCAACCCUACUACCACAUCCACGACAACCAGUGAUGCUCCUGCUGCUGCCUCCAGUACCAACCCUACUACCACAUCCACGACAACCAGUGCUGCUCCUACUGCUGCCUCCGGUACCAACCCUACUACCACAUCUACGACAACCAGUGAUGCUCCUGCUGCUGCCUCCAGUACCAACCCUACUACCACAUCUACAACAACCAGUGAUGCUCCUGCUGCUGCCUCCAGUACCAACCCUACUACCACAUCCACGACAACCAGUGCUGCUCCUACUGCUGCCUCCGAUACCAACCCUACUACCACAUCCACGACAACCAGUGAUGCUCCUGCUGCUGCCUCCAGUACCAACCCUACUACCACAUCUACAACAACCAGUGAUGCUCCUGCUGCUGCCUCCAGUACCAACCCUACUACCACAUCUACAACAAUCAGUGAUGCUCCUACUGCUGCCUCCGGUACCAACCCUACUACCACAUCCACGACAACCAGUGCUGCUCCUACUGCUGCCUCCGGUACCAACCCUACUACCACAUCCACGACAACCAGUGCUGCUCCUACUGCUGCCUCCGGUACCAACCCUACUACCACAUCUACAACAACCAGUGAUGCUCCUGCUGCUGCCUCCAGUACCAACCCUGCUACCACAUCCACGACAACCAGUGCUGCUCCUACUGCCGCCUCCGAUACCAACCCUACUACCACAUCUACAACAACCAGUGAUGCUCCUACUGCUGCCUCCAGUACCAACCCUACUACCACAUCCAUAACAACCAGUGAUGCUCCUACUGCUACCUCCAGUACCAACCCUACUACCACAUCCAUAACAACCAGUGAUGCUCCUACUGCUACCUCCAGUACCAACCCUACUACCACAUCCACAACAACCAGUGAUGCUCCUACUACUGCCUCCAGUACCAACCCUCCUUCUGCUGCCUACAGUACCAACCCUACUACCAUGUCUAUGACAACUAGUGCUGCAACUAGUCCUACCCCAAUGAUGCCAUCUACAGUUGAAACCACUCCCUUUUCAACCAAGGCCAUAACCAUCAUAAACACACCCACUAUUGCUGUAACCACCACCACAGCCCAUGCAACAACCCACCCACCUAUAACAUCAAUGGCAACAACAAAACCAGCAGCCAUGGCUCCUCCUUCAACUACAGUGCUUCAGAAUACAACUGCAGAAUUAACCACCACCACAGGAGUCCAGACCACGGAGGCUGAGCACUGCUCCGUGAACGUCACAGGGAUCAGCAGCAGCUCGAACUCCGCCGCGGUGACGUUACGCACGUACGGCCUGCCCUGUAACGUGACCGUGAUUAACGAGAACACCGGCGCUGCUGCCCCGUGUGAUCCGCACGGAGGCCUCGGUGAGGUGCUCGUCUGCAGUGUCGCGGAUCUGGAGCCCGGAACUUUGUACCACUUAGCAGUGAAGUUCCAGAAGGAUGAAGAGACGCUCAGCGUGUUGGUGCGCACAGACCCGGUCACACCAGCAUGGAUACAUAUUAAGAUGGAUCUGGACCAAGCCCAGCAUAAGAGUCUGUCCCACACCAGCAAAGGGACUACGGUGCUGUGGGUCUCGUGGCCACGGUCUCAUGGCCAUGUUGAUUGGUAUGAUCUCACCCUGGAGGACAAAAGCUUGGGAUCCAGACGUAAUACCCGAAUUAUGAGCACUGCCGCACCUCAGUCUGGCUUCAGCGCCCUGAUCCCUGGUACAAUCUACACCGUGUCUCUGGUGGCAACAGCUGGUAAUAAGAGUUCUGCACCUGCCCAGACCACAGCAGCUACAGCUCCCUCCCCUGUUAGCGACCUCCAGGUGUCCUCCUUGUCCUCUGGCAGCAUCAAUGUGUCCUGGCGGGCUGGGCCCGGCAGGACAGAGUUGUUCCACAUCCUGCUGAAGGACCAGGGCGGGCUUCUGGUGAAUAACGUGACCCUCAACAGCUCUGUGACCUCCACGCUGCUGGACGACCUGCUGCCUGGAACCCUGUACACGGUUACCGUGGUGACUGAAGCAGUCGGUCUGCAGAGCGCUACAUCCACAGACACUGGGACAGUUCCAGCAUCAGCCUCAGAAUUGGAGCUGCAUAACAACGGCAGCUCAGACACUCUCCUGGCCUCAUGGGCACCCCCCAGAGGAGGAGUGGACUCCUACCUGGUGACCCUGUCAGCUCCGGGAUCCAUCCCCCAGGAGGUCACACUGACUCCCAACCGCACCCAGGCUGUGUUCCAGGGACUGACCCCCGGUCAAAGGUACCAGCUGUCAGUGAGGACCACAGCAGGAGGACAGACCUCAGAGGCCACAACAUCAGGGCGGACAGUUCCAGGCCCAGUGUCCAGGCUCGCCAUGUCACCUUUCAGUGAUGGCAAAACACUGAGAAUGACAUGGUCGCCCCCCAGAGGCCAGUGGGAGAACUACAGUGUUGUGCUGCAAGAUGGUUUGUUGGUGCUGGUGAAUGAAACCAUCAGCAAGCUGUCCAGACAGCACUCCUUCACAGGCCUGGUCCCCGGCCGGCUGUACACCGCUGAGCUCACAGUGCACAGCGGCCCUCUGCGUAACACGGAGCGGUGCCGGGGCCGACUAGCCCCACAGCCCGUCCAGCAGCUGGUCAUCGGACACAGCGACCAAACCACCAUGAGCGUCCUGUGGACUCGACCUGUGGGCGAGUGGGACCGCUUCACCGUGGUCCUAAAACAGGUGGACCCCGCCGGCGUGGUUCUCCAAAAGAGCGUGUCCAGGGAUACCCGAGAAUGCACCUUCAACGACCUCAUCCCAGGAUGCCUGUACACUGUCACUGUGACGACUAGCAGUGGCAACAUGUCCAGCUCCACCUCUGUGACCGGAUGGACCACACCGGCUCAGGUGUCCACACUGCAGGUUUCUAACAGCGACAGCACCGACAGCCUCCACGUGCAGUGGGACCGCGCCACCGGGGAUCUGGACUCCUACCGCAUACUGCUGGUCCACGACAGCAGCGUCAUCAAGAACGAGAGCGUGAGAGCCAACACCACCAGGCUCGCCUUCCAUGCUCUGAAGCCCGGCGCCCUCUACAGGGUGGUGCUAACCACUGUCAGAGCCGGCCAGAGCUCCCGGCAGACUGUGGCAGAGGGUCACACAGUCCCAGCUGCUGUUGGCGAGGUAACAGUCAGUAAUAAUGGCCGUAUGGACUUCCUCAGUGUGUCGUGGCGUCCUGCUGCGGGGGAUGUGGACGGUUACCUGGUCACACUGAGGGACAGGGAGCGGACAGUGCACACACUGGCUGUGUCCAAGUCCAGCCCUGAGUGUGUUUUUGGCUCUCUAGUGUCCGGACGCCUCUACAACAUCUCCAUCACCUCUCGCAGUGGCAUAUAUGAAAACCACACCAUCGUCCAGGAGCGAACACAGCCAUCUAGGGUUCAGAACCCGACUGCGACCCAUGCUGCCAGGGACGACUACCUGAAGGUGUACUGGCGCCAUGCUGCUGGGGACUUUGACUUCUACCGGGUGGUCAUCAAACACAACAACAUUUUCCACCAGAAUAAAACAGUGCCCAAAACGCAGAAUGAGUGUAUGUUCAACGGCCUGGUGCCUGGACGGCUCUACACGGUGGUUGUGAGCACCUGGAGCGGCAAAUACGAGACGAGUGCCUCCACUGACGGCAGAACUUUCCCUGCGGCAGUCCGGUCCUUAGUUCUGGCUGGUCAGGGCACGGAGGACCUGCACGUUUCCUGGUUGACGGCUCCGGGCGAUGUGGACCAUUAUGAGGUGCAGCUGCUGUUCAACGACAUGAAGGUGUUCCCGCCGAUCACACUGGGGAGUGGCGUGGGGGAGUGCAUAUUGUCCUCACUCACUCCGGGUCGGCAAUACAAGAUCCUGGUUUCCACCUUCAGUGGUCCCAAUCAGCAUGCCCAGUUCAUCGAGGGCCGCACGGUUCCCAGCAAAGUGAAAAACAUCCAUGUGAACAACAACGGGGACAGCAGCAGUCUGACGGUGAGCUGGACACCGGGUCAGGGAGACACCGACGGCUUCACUGUGUUUCUGUACCGACUCAGCCGGCAACUCGAUAUGCGGCACGUCCUCAAACACCAGAACGAGGUGACCUUCGGCUCACUGCAGCCCGGACAGCUCUACGGAAUCACGGUCCAGAGCGUCAGUGGAGAGCUGGACAACAACAGCACGGCCAGCGGACGCACAGGUUAGCAAACACAAAGGAACAAGCCUUUAGAACC